UAUUAAGUUUUGGGGCUGAAAUAGGAUCAACAUAGGAACUUUUGAAAGUUUCAAAUGAGUAAAAUCACAAAAAAAUGUAUUAACUGCCUCUAAUUUAGUUGGAUUGUAUAUUAAAAGAGAUCCUUUACCAGCCAAACUAAUUCUUUAUUUAAAGUUGUAAAGUGAAAAACCUGUAGGAUCACGACUUUUUACGCAAGUGGUCACGCCUGGUGAAGCUCAGAGGCUGCUGUGAGUGAGUGACUGACAGCCCGGCUCCACGGCCGCCCACUCACACACAGGCUGGGUGACUCUUAAUUGUGUAACGUUCAUUGACGAGUCAGCACAAUGCUGCCGAGACCGCGGAGCCCAGCAGAGCGAUGAGAUACUCCCAUCGAGGAGAACACAGAUGGACAGCCUAGUUCAGCCGCUCGUCGCCCAGUACCUCGCCAUGGGAUGUCAAUCAAAAGAAAACAGCCAAAACGAAAGUAUAACGUCGGACGAAAAGGGAAAGGACGAUGCGAGGGCGACUCCAGGAUGCAGCUCCAGGUCUAGAGUUUCUCCUCCGGGCCGACCUCACAGGUUUCACAAACCCAGCCCGGCCCAGCCUGUGCCCAGUAAAUCAAUGGUGUCCCUGGGUCCCCUCACCAAAGGGGGGAGCUGGGAGGAGCUCAUCCAGGCCUGUCUGCAGUCCUUCGACUCGGACGGUUGUGUGUGUGGGAGCAGCCACCUGUUGAACAUCACCCUGACCAUGCACCGUAUCCACAUCUCCUCCAGUGACCUGCUGGACAAGCUCACUACUCGAUUUAAAACAGCGAUGGACAAUGAGCAGCCGAUGGAGUGCCAAAGGAUAUGCUACCUUAUCAGGCAUUGGAUCCAGGAAUUCUGGAUGAUGUUCCGGUUAAACCACAGCUUGUCCGACAGCCUGGAUGAGUUCCGUGAGAUGAUCCGAGAGCAGGGCCAAGAGCAUCUUUGCUCACUCCUAGAGACCAAAUGGAUAAGUGAGCGGGACUGGUCGUGGAAGGCUAGCCAGAAGAUCAAAGCUAUCAGCAGCAAAAAGAGGAAGGUCUCUCUUCUUUUUGAUCACCUGGAGCCCAUCGAGCUGGCUGAGCAUCUCACCUUCCUGGAAUUCAAGUCAUUCUGCAGGAUAUCAUUUAUAGACUAUCAGAACUACAUUCGAAGCUGCUGCAUGAAGGACAUCCCUGUGAUGGAGCGUUCCAUCGCCCUGUGUAAUGGUGUCUCCCAGUGGGUUCAGCUGAUGGUGCUGAGCAGGCCGACCGCUCAGCUGAGAGCUGAGGUUUUCACCAAGUUUAUCCACGUAGCACAGAGUCUACAUCUUAUGCACAAUUACAACACACUAAUGGCAGUAGUGGGAGGGCUUUGUCACAGCUCGAUAUCCAGACUGAAGGACACCACCUCACAUGUAUCCAGUGAGGUCACCAAGGAAUUGAAUGAGAUGACAGACCUGCUAUCCUCUUGCAGAAACUAUGACAACUACCGACAAGCUUACAACAGGUGUACAGGUUUUAAAAUCCCUAUACUAGGGGUCCACCUCAAAGAUCUGAUUUCAGUCAAUGAAGCCAUGUCAGACUAUGUGGAAGACAACAAGGUGAAUGUCCAGAAACUCCAGGCACUCUACAGCCACAUUAAUGAGCUGAUCCAGCUCCAGCAAAUCCCUCCCAGGUUGGAUGCUAACAAGGACCUAGUCCACCUGUUGACGCUGUCCUUGGACCUUUACUACACUGAGGAUGAGAUCUAUGAACUGUCUUACACCAGGGAACCCAAGAACAGUAAAGCACCUCCAGCCACCCCUUCAAGACCUCCAGUGGGUGUGGACUGGGCAUCAGGAGUGGCUCCUAAACCCGACCCACGAACCAUCAGCAAACAUGUGCAGAGAAUGGUGGACUCCGUGUUUAAGAACUACGAUCACGAUGAGAACGGCUUCAUAUCUCAUGUGGAAUUUGAGAAAAUUGCUGCUAGCUUUCCGUUUUCCUUCUGUGUCAUGGACAAAGAGAAGGAAGGCCUUAUCAGCAGAGAGGAGAUCACGGCAUAUUUCAUGCGGGCCAGUGUCAUCUGCUCCAAACUGGGUCUUGGCUUUGUCCACAACUUCCAGGAGACCACUUACAUGAAACCCACUUUCUGUGACAACUGCUCAGGAUUUUUGUGGGGUGUUAUCAAGCAAGGCUACAGAUGCAAAGACUGCGGGAUGAACUGCCAUAAGCUGUGCAAGGACCAGGUGGCGUUUGAGUGCAAGAAAAAUGCCAAAAUGACCAACGCCAUGGACAGUCCGACACCAAGCUCCACGCCUGUCACCAUGGGCCCCUCAGAGGGUUCAGAUGAAUGUCCUUUCCCCUACCCGCCAGAUGAAAGCAAAGACUGGAGCCCAGACUUUCCAGUUAUCUCCCAUUUGAGGCCUCAGAGGGUCCAUAGUGGCACCCAGACAGAUGGACCUCAACUGUCCUCUGCAGCCCCUGAGGCCGUCGGUCUUCAGCCUUGUCUGCUGGUCCCAGUGGCCCCCACGCUCACCUCGUGUCCCAGCCCUGUGCCCCAGAGGAAACUGCGACACUGUGCCAAGUGGGAAAACAGAGCGUCCAUUGCUUUAAAGCAUAAAGAGCCAGAAGAGGAAAACAAACCCAACUAUGAAUCUCUGGAAACAGACAACCAGAGGCUCCAGAGGGCCAACGAGACACUACGUAAGAAGCUGAGAAAGGCCGAGCGGGAGGUGGAAAACCUAAAGACACUGCUCAAGAGGCACUCUCUCCACCCUGUGGAGGAGGACUCCUCCUCCUAGAACCACACAUACACUGGACCUCCGUAGGGAGACUGGUGCUGCCCCCCUAUGGCAGCAUGUAUAAAUCUAGCUUCAAUGUUUCAGUUAUUGGUUAAAAAAAGUGAGUAUUUUACCAGUAUCAUGCCAGUCAAGGUGUUUUAAUGCUAAUGUUAGAGAGUCAGUCAAAAAAAGCCUGUGAGUAUGCCAACAAAUAUGAGGACAUUUGUGACGUGUGUAUGGAUAUUUCCAACCAGCUACAAUACACAAAGAAAAUGUAAAAAAUAGCAUUGUUAUAUUUAUGAGUUUUAAUUAAGCAAAAGGAGCCCAUUUACUGUAACCUACCGUUCACAAAAUACUGAAUCUCAUUGCAAUGAGCAUUAUUCACUUUUUUUAGUGAACCGUUUAGUUGUUGAAGUUGGAAGGGUUUCCCUAUUUCAAAGUUCACCAUUUAAAACAAAGUAAAUGAAAGAGUGCCAUAUAUAUUUGAGAAAAUAAUGCUUAAUGUGUUGGAUCAUUUCUUGAUCAAUAAUGAGACUAAAUAUUUAUGUUAAACAUAAAAUGGAAAACAAGAAGUUCAAUGUGUUCAUCACAGGUGCAUCAUCAUUAUUAUUUUUAAAUAAUACGGCUGGCUGAUAAAACAGCAGAAGAAAGGUUAGAGGCCUCAGAUAUUGCUCUGCAUCAUUGUUCAUAUAAAUGCACAAGAUGUUAUCAGUGCUCCUGUUAAUAUUUAUUUUGUUAUACACUACAGAGUUCACAUAGAGAGUAACAGAUGAACAUUUUGUAUAGCUUAUGGGUACUUUCAGUGAAAUAUUUAUGCUUUUGUGUGUGUUGGCAUCAUAUUGAUACUAUUGUGCAGCCAUGUAAUGUUACGUGGUCCCUUGUAGCAGUGUUGUACUGUAAGUCAAGAUACAUGUGUUUGUAAUAUGUGUAAUUUACUUUAAAUACAAAGUAUACACAGUGCUAUCUUAA